AUGUUUCGCCCUUUUGUCAUCAAAAGAGGAUUCUCAAGAGCCUGCCAGGCUUUUCAAAGCAUCAAAGAUGAUGAGGGCUAUCUAAAGAGACGUCUUACGCUGCUAAAAGACAACAACUCGCUAGAUGAGAAAGAUCCGUUGUAUAAACUCAUCAGAAAUGAGGAACUUGACGAAGUUGCCCAGAAUAUACCUCAAAAAGAGUUUGAGCAUAGAUUUAGGACUGAGAUAGAAGCUGCUAAACUUGGGAGCCAUAUUGGUAAAGAAGUACGAGAGAUAGCGAUGUCCAAGCCUUGGACAGGUGAUGAACACUUCACUGACACUUCACUCAGAAUGCUGAUGGACUCAGUUAAAGGCGCAAAAAGCAUUCCUGGCAAGAGUUUGGAAAAUUUGGCAUUUAAAUCGACCACAGAUACCGCAAAAAACCUUAAGGGCGUGGAUAACAAGAAUUUAAGGAUUAGAGACCGUUUGGAAGCAGCUCAAGACAGUAUAAUCAGUUACCGGAAUGAAAAAGAGGACCUAAAAGGCGAGAAAAAAGAAGCGUCUGAGUUCCAUACGCUUUACGCCGAAAAAUUCACACCGAUAGGGUCGUUCGAAAAACUCCGAACUCUUGCAGAUGUCCGGAUCGAGGAAAGCAUGAAAAAAGGUGAAUUUAAGUCUACAGGCCAGUAUCGAGGUAAAAAGUUGGCUAUGGAGUCACCAAGGCCAUACGUAGAUCGUACUGAGCAUCAUCUCAAUGACAUCUUGGCAAGACAAAAGAUAUCGCCACCUUGGAUCGACAAGCAAAGUUCAGUUAACAUAGAAAUAUCCCGAUUGAGAUCGACCUUUGCGGACAGUUACCAUAGGGAGCUUAUUUUCCAAAUGGAUGCCAAAAGAAUAUUUGAGCGCGGAAGUAAACCUCCAAAUAUAUUUUACUUGGAUGAGAUUAAACUCUCUGCCUUUAGCAAAUGGGCGAAAUCCUUCAAUACUAUUGCCCAAUCAAAGGUCAACGAACUUAAUAACUCUUUGAGAUCGUACAACCUACAAGCUCCGUUGUCAACGCAGAAGUUUUACUUAUUGGUUGAUAAAGAGCUUGCCCGAGCCCUCAGUGACACAGAUGUGUCAGAAGUAUUCGAAAAAGAACAAAAAUUGCGGCUCUCACGGAUGACAGAGAGCUUGAAUUCGCCGAAGACCUUGGGAUUGGCGUGGCCCAAGCUUCUCAAGUUCUGGUAA